CGAUGUCGAGCGACUUUACAGGAAUGUCUUCCAGGUCAUUCACAUCGAGCCACAGCUCUCGAUGACCUUGCCAAUAGCCUUCAUGGCAGAUUCGAGCAGCAGAGCGUCCUCUCGAACCUCGAGGAUAUUGAGCUCCAUUGUGCUGCACUCGAGCUCCGCCCUCCUUGCCAUCUUGAUCCACUCGUGUCUCUUGACAAUCUCGCUGUCACUCUUCGAGUCAGAUUCGAGCAGCAGAUUGUCCUCUCUGACCUCGAUGAGGCUAUCGAGUUCUGUUGGGUUGCGCUGGAGCUCCGUUCCCCUGCACAUCCUGAUCGACACAUGUCUAUCAAGAAUUUCGCUAUCAGCUUUCGAGACAAACUCGAGAAUCAGGGCAACCUCUCUUAUCUUGAUAAGGCCACUGAGCUU